UCUCUGUUUUUAAAAAAAAUUUGUUUUGUUUUUUGUGUAAUUUAAGGAAAAACAAAUUCUCCUACAAGAGAAGAAAUGUGAAGAAGAAAUUGUCAUCCAUCCAAAUUUGGUUGAGAAAUUUUUUUAAAUUUUUUUUUGUCCUUUGUUUUUUAUUUGUUAUUUAUUUAUUUUUAAAUAAUUUAAUUAAAAAAUUUAUUUAACAGAUAAAUGAAAGUUAUGCCCGUUUUCGCAAUUCUAAAGGACUUCCUCCUACUCAAAAUGAAUUGUCAAUUUAUAUACAAAUCCGGAUUUCCAAGUUGUUGUCCAACAAAGCAACUUAACCGUUUAUGUAAAAAUUCUUCAAAUAAUAAUUCUCCAAUAAUUAGUAAAAGUAGUCCAGAAUGUUCCAGAUUUUCUUUAAUUAAAAAAGAAGAAGGAAAUAAUUUAUUUAAAUCUUCUUUUGGAGAAGGAAAAAUAACAAAAAAUGGAGGAAUAUUUUGUUUAGCUGAUUUAUUUAUUAAAAAUAAUAGAAAGGAAAAUAAUGGAGGAAAUUCCCGAACAAUUGUAACAAGUGAAAGUUGUUCUUCAGGUUUAGAAUGUUAUGGAAAUAAUUCUUCUAAAAAUGAAGACAAUUUGACACUUAAAAAUAGUAAUUCAGAAGAAUCCCCUCCAAAAUCUUCAAAAAAUAUUCAAAAAUAUUUAUUUGCUCAACAAAAAAUUAAUGAACUUGGAAUUAAUUUACUAAAUUCUUCCAAUAGCAAUACAAGUGUGAUAACAGCUAUAGAAAUGCAAAAACAACAAAAUAUUUUGGGUGUUUUACAACGUUUUGGAGGCAACUAAAUUUUGUAAAAAUACUAGCCAGAAUUUUAUUAUUUUCUGUUGUUUUUUAUAGUUAAUAGGCGAAAAUAGCUAUUAAAUUUUCUUUUAGAGAUUAAGAUUUUGAUUAGAUUCGAAAAACAUUUUUUUGUGUUUGGGACUAGAGAAAAAGAUUUUUGUAGAAAUAUCAAACUCGAACUCCAAGGAGAAUUAAAUUAUCUCUUAGAAAAUAGCUAUUUUCACCACUAUAUAUCUAGAAAUAUUAAGCAUUACUUUACUCUUUUUUAUAAAAGAAGUUCGGAGUGCAGUAAUGCUUUAUGUUUUUUACUAAUU